CGGAGAUUGCUCACUAUAUAAAGCUACUCUGGUUGCUUCUUUUCCGUUUCUUCUUUUUACUGCAAAUACACAUAUACCUCUUCAUAAACACACAAAAUAACCAUGCUUCCUGAAUUCUCGCUCAAGGGUAAGAAGGCCAUUGUCACUGGUGGUGCUCGCGGUCUCGGUUUGGAAAUCUGUCGAGGACUUGCCGAAAGCGGCGCCGACGUUGCCUUGAUGUACGUCUCGAGCGACAAGACCCACGACACUGCUGCCGAGAUCGGCAAGGAGUUCAACGUGACGUGCAAGGCAUACAAGGCCAACAUUGCCGACGCCAAAGAGACCCAAGAAGCGAUUGACCAGAUCCACAAGGAUUUUGGUCGCAUCGACGUGUUUGUUGCCAACGCAGGCAUUUCUCAAAACGGUAACGCCGAGACGUUUGAUUUGAAUGACUGGAAGCACUUGUUUGAUGUCAACGUCCACGGUGUCUUUUAUGGUGUCCAGGCCGUUUCAAAGCACAUGUUGGAGCAGGGUAGCGGUAGUAUCAUUUUGAUGUCGUCUGUGUCCGCUUACUUGGCGAAUCAGCCUCAAUACCAAUGCGCCUACAACUGCACCAAGGCAUCCGUGUCUAUGAUGGGCAAGUGCUUGGCUUAUGAAUGGGGUACGCGCGGUAUUCGUGUCAACUCGGUGUGCCCUGGUUACAUGCGUACGGAUAUGCUCGAGCAGUUCACCUCCAAGCGACCUGAUUUGGCCGAGGCAUGGAACUCAUUGAAUCCCAUGAAGCGCAUGGGCGUUCCCAAGGAAAUCAAGGGUGCUGUUGUGUUCUUGGCUAGUGAGGCUAGCAGCUAUAUCACUGGUUCUGACCUGUUUGUUGACGGUGGAUACACCGCCAUGUAAAUAAUGCAAAUAUAUAUGUUCUUUUGUUAUCUUCUCUUUAACUUCCUCUCUUGGAUAUCAUUUUCCCCACAUAUCGGCAUCACCAUCAUCAUCCAUCGAGGUUAAAGAUGGAAAAAAAAAA